UUUCGAACCGUGGCUGGGGCUGCGGUGGCGGCGACGGCGGCAGCGAAGAAUGCACCCGGCAGGCGCGGCGGCGGCGGGGACGCUCCGGCAGCCCUCGAAGCGGAGGGUACCUGUGUCCCAGCCAGGCAUGGCUGACCCCCACCAGCUUUUUGAUGACACGAGUUCGGCCCAGAGCCGAGGCUAUGGGGCCCAGCGGGCGCCUGGUGGCCUGGGCUACCCUACAGCCUCCGCCUCGCCCCAGGCGGCCUUCCUGGGUGAUCCUGUGUCCAACAUGGCCAUGGCCUACGGGAGCAGCCUAGCCGCGCAGGGCAAGGAGCUGGUGGAUAAGAACAUCGACCGCUUCAUCCCCGUCACCAAGCUCAAGUAUUACUUCGCCGUGGACACCGUGUAUGUGGGCAAAAAGCUGGGUCUGCUCUUCUUCCCCUACCUGCACCAGGACUGGGAGGUGCAGUACCAGCAGGACACACCAGUGGCCCCGCGCUUUGAUGUCAACGCUCCUGACCUCUACAUUCCAGCCAUGGCUUUCAUCACCUACGUCUUGGUGGCUGGCCUGGCGCUGGGGACCCAGGAUAGGUUCUCCCCAGACCUCCUGGGGCUGCAGGCGAGCUCGGCGUUGGCCUGGCUGACACUGGAGGUGCUGGCCAUCCUGCUCAGCCUCUACCUUGUCACUGUCAACACAGACCUCACCACUAUCGACCUGGUGGCCUUCUUGGGCUACAAAUAUGUUGGGAUGAUUGGUGGGGUCCUCAUGGGCCUGCUCUUUGGAAAGAUGGGGUACUACCUGGUGCUGGGCUGGUGCUGUGUGUCCAUCUUUGUGUUCAUGAUCCGGACGCUGCGGCUGAAGAUCCUGGCCGAGGCGGCGGCCGAGGGCAUCCCGGUGCGUGGGGCGCGGAACCAGCUGCGCAUGUACCUGACCAUGGCCGUGGCGGCGGCGCAGCCCCUGCUCAUGUACUGGCUCACCUUCCACCUGGUGCGGUGAGGGCGGCCCCACGACGCCUCCAGCUGCUGCUUCCGGUGGCCACCGCGCUGCCGCCGCUCAUCUCCCGGCCACCUGCCGGCCACAGGGUCCACCCCGCCGUCCGAGUCCCUCCCUCCCCAUCCUCGCCGAGGUGCUGAGAUCUCCAGAUGCACAGGCCGCCCCCCAGCAGUGCGGCCACUGUUCCAGAAACAAUAAACCGUAAUGGGCACGGCG